GGUGAUUGGUCUAUGGAUCGAGUUAAUAAAAAUAUGGCGGCUGUCGUUUCAACAGCCGAUAUGACGAUUCAGAAGAAUUCGCAGAUUUUAGUAAAUGUUGAGGAAGCAUUGUCUGACUUAAUAGUUGUUUCAUAUUGUAGUGAAGACAAAAAAUUUCAAGGUGUCUUAUUAGACUCUAACAAAGGUAAUUUACCGUUCGGGGUGUAUAGUCUACAUCCAGCAUUUACUAAGCAAAGUGUAUCCACCGAUAGUCAAGAUGAUAAAUUACAUUCCGCCAGUCAAAGAUUCACAUAUCAGGAGCCUCAAUACGCUACUGAAAAUGCACAGAAAUCAAAGAAACCUGGACCCAAGGGUAAAACGCAACAAAAACAAAAGAUGACGGUGCGACUACGACCUCGCAAGGUAUUGUGUUCCAACUGCAAGGGGAUAUGUAACGAAAACAGCGAAAAUGUGGACGUGUCUAAGAAACGGAAGCUAGACUCAGACGACGAUACCGCCCAUAACACUGAGUCAUCUAACGUGGAAAAGAAAUACCUAAUGGGCAGUAUGCUUAUACCCAAACUGUCCAGAUUACAACCCAGUGAAAUAACGAGCGCGAUUAAGAGCGCCCCAAAAAAUUCCAAUAAGGCUAGUGAUAAAUCUGUAAGCAAAACAAAAAGUGAAAAAUCUAGUGAGAAUAUGCGGGCAACCCGUGAACUCGCCUUCGUCAGUGUUUCUGAAGGAGAUUUAUGUGAUAGAUCGGAUCAGAGAGAUGAAAGUGGCAAUGAUAUUUCAUUUAAUUCUAUGUUUUCGAGUGCACGAACUCUUAAAAUAUGUUUCGGCGAAGGAGAGGGCACGGUUGUGAAGAUUCCACCCCUGUCAGGUGACUACAAUGAGGAUUCUGGUGUUUCCUGUGACAUAUCUAAACCAGCUAAACCUGAUCUGAGGGCUGCAAAAAAAGCGCUGAAGAAGGCUAAGAAACAAGCGAAAAAGAAUAAUACUGUAGAUAAAAGUGAUGUAGAUGUGUGGAUGGAACAGUCACCGAAGCACAUUGGGGCUCUAUCACCACGCAAUAAUGUUUCCAAUCACCCAAUGACUGAUCCAUUAGAGAAAAAACACAAGCACAAAGUGAAGCAUAAAAAAAAGUAUAAAUCACAAAAGAAACGAGAUGAGAAUACAAGUAAAUGUGCUGAUAUUGAAUCAGUUGAUUACUUUAGUGAUAUAAAAGACAAUUGCCUCAAUCAGAAGCUGUCUAUUAGUUUGAGAAGAUUGAGUAGAGACUCUUAUGAGAGGCGAAGUGAACAGGAGGUAAUGGAGAGUGGAUCUGAGGAUUGGGAAAGUGAAGUUGUGCCAGACUUCCCUGAGAACAGUACAGAAGGUGUUGGUGGAAGAUUGUUACGGGUAUCUCCUGGGGACAUUGUUUGGGGGAAGGUAGUUGGGUUUCCAUGGUGGCCGGGCCGAGUUCUAAGUGUUACACCAACGUCCAAGGCUCAUGUUGCAUGGUAUGCUUCUACUACAUCUUCACUGAUGCCAUGUGAUAGCUUGAGUCCGUUCUUAGAAGACUAUAAGAUACGCUUUAAUAAGAAAAAGAGGGGUCCAUACAAAGAUGCUGUUAAGCAAGCUACAAUUGAGGCAAAGAGGAACGAAUCUCUACUAGGCGAUCCUCUAGCGAGCCCCACUCAUGCUGCUCUCACCAUGUCGCCGCGCCCCAUAGAUGUGUUCUCUUAAAAGUUAAUUAGUAUUUGAGGUAAAUGUACAGUCGAAUUUAUUCAAUUUAUGUGAUAUUAUAAGGACAUGGAACAAGCACAAAUCUGGGACUACACCAAGUGUAAAAACAACAAUAGACCUUGAAAAUAAAACUUUUACCUAAAAUUCUUUUAUAUAGAAGUUAACAGAGCCCAAUUAAACUCUUUUGCCUUUCCAGGCAAAAAGUAACAUUUGGCCCACUGGUGGGGCUCAAUCAGGCCCUGUUAAAUAGGCUCUAUUAAGUAGGUUUAACAAUAUGUUUACCACUUAACAACCUGUUCAAUAACAACUUCACUGUUCUAAUAUUAGUCUGGUUUAUUGGCAUGUGUGUGUAAAAAAACAUCACAAAACUCAUCUUCUAGAUUUAAACUACGCAUAACUGUUUACAUAAUUUAUUAGAUUCAGUAAAAUCAAUGAGGAAACUGCAAUUUGCUGUAGUCGUUUUAGCAUAAUUUGCAAAUAACCUAAUGUCAAAAGUUUUGUAUAUGUUUAUAACUGAACUAUGCGAAUUUAAUGAACUUUAGGAAAAAUCAUUAUUGUUUUUUAUUACUCUUUUUAUAAAGGCAUUAUUAUCUUUAUUUACAUUUAUUACGAUUAUAUACUUAAUAUUUUUUAUAUGGCCACUGACUAAUUUCAGUUUUGUUACAAAAUUGCAAAAUCUAGUUAAGCACUAGUCACAACUCUGCGCUGUUUUAUGUGGUAGUUUAUAAUUCAUUAUAUUACUAAAUUACAAAAAUUCCAGAACAGCAUUUUUGAGUCACAUAAUUAGGAAAAUUGGCCCCCCAUAAAGUAAGAACAUGCUAAAAAAUAAUAACUAAUUGCCAAGUGUCUGACUAUAAAUAAAUUUAAAUGUAGAUCUGUUCAUUCAAAUUGCUAUAAGUGAAGUCCCAGACCAUUGUAUGUAUUUCUUAUAUAUAUAAAUGUAUGUAUAAAUGUGCACAAUUUCUAUUGCACUUUGCGCUAACAUUACAAUGAAUAAAUACAUACAAUGGACUUUCAAAAGUAGAAUUUUAAGAUUUUACAAUUAAUGUUACAAUAAAAAAUAAAUUGAUAUUUUCUGGGUGUUAAAAUAUUACUCAUAUUAGGUACUUAUUUCAAUGUUUCGAAGGUCGAAAAUCAUGUAAAUGUAAUACAAUAUCUGCCAUGUCCUCUUAUAUGCUUUGUUCUAAAUUAUGGAGUAUUAUAGUUCUGUCAUUCAUUUUUACGAUUUGAAACAACAAAACAAUUACAAGUAUUUGUAUUUAUGUCUUUACAUGUAUAGUAAAUUAAUAUAUAGAGUUUUACACAUAUUCAGAGACGAAAUAGUUAUUUACGGUCUAUAGAAAAUUAUAGCAUCAUGUUCAAAUUCAACCUGUGCCAUUUUUGCUUACAAUAUAAUAUUAUAACUCUGACUCAAGUUUACUUCUUCAUUCUGUAGAUGCUUACAUUAUUUAUACCAUAAAGUACUAAAUUCCAGCAUCACCCUUUACUAUGAUAUCUAAUAAUAUUUAUAUGUAAACCUUUCAUCCACAUGAAAUGAUCAGAAAUCAUAGAUUUGCAAUCACAAGUAUAUGUUAUUAUAUAAAAAUUAAAGUUAAUUUUAUUACAGUUAUUUUCCAAACUAGAGAGAAGAAAAAAUAGGUUAAUAGAUUCUUUCAAGUAACUCAAUUUCAAGCAUUUUUAAUAGUUUUUUUUUCUGUGUUAAAUUCUUAAAGUGAUUUCGACUAACAAGAACGGGUUGAUCAAUUAAAUGACAUUACUGAUGAUAUCUUGUCUCCAAUCAUGUAAUUUUAUAUUCGAUAAAUUUUAAACUGUUAUUCUGCCUAAAUUGUGAAUUUGAGUCAACUUUGUCUCUAAAGUGUGUGGUAGCAAAAUUUUGCAAUUUCCAAGUGUGUACUUGUGUAAUUCCUUUGUUUUAAUAAAAUAUUACGCAAUAACGAAAUAUAAUGGUAGGCACAUUUUGAAUAGGUAACAAUAUGUUUUCUGAGAAGGCUUGUAAAUAGGUACUUAUGUAAUUAUUCUUUUCUGGCACUGUCAAUGUUAAAACACACUGUGUUAUGUUCAUUCCUUUUAUAUAUAUUUUUCUCUUGACUUUGAAGCAUUUUUGUAUAUUUGCUUUAUUACUUAUUAUCAUCUAUUUUGUACCUAACUUUACACAUAUGUAUAUAUUAAUAAUUGAAAAAUAAAAAUGUUUUCAAAUAAUUUUUAAGUAUAACAUAUGUCUAAAAUUUUUUUUUUUUAUAUAAUUCAAAGCCAAGAGAAUAAAGUUAAUACUUCUUUGUUGUUUAUUUUUAAGUACUCUAAUUUUAUAAAAACAAGUUAUUUUUUUUUUGUUUUUACGAUAAGUGGUUUUGGUUACUGUACACAAAAAAAAAUUCGUUAAAUCAAAAGUAACUGAAUAUCUCUCACGUGUCAUAGACAAUUUAUUUUGUAGAAUCCAUAAAAUAUAUUUUUUUAUUGUUAAUAAAUAUCUGUUAAGUUUAUGUCAUCGCAACUAAAUUGCUUAUUAAAAGAAUCUUAUUUGACUAAGUACUUGAAAUGAAAUUUUUGUACCUAAAAUACUAUGUCAUAAAAAAAUCUACAGUACAGAUAUGGAAUAUUGAGAAAGAUGCACUGCUGGUAUUGAUUCAGUUGAUGGUCGUAACUAAAUAAAAAGAAACUGGAA